AUGCAGUCUGCCCUGUCCCAGGGGGCACGUCACGGCAUGCAGUCUGCCCUGUCCGAGGGGGCGCACUGUGGCAUGCAGCCUGCCCUGUCUGAGGGGGUGUGCUGCAUGCAGCCUGCCCUGUCUGAGGGGGUGUGCUGCAUGCAGCCUGCCCUGUCUGAGGGGGCGCGCCGCAGCAUGCAGCCUGCCCUGUCCGAGGGCCGAGGCCACAGGGAGACGGGUGUGGGCGGCUGCCGUUCUUCAGCUGCCCACGCCUGCAAGCGGAGAGAGAGCCCUGAAGGGGAUAGCUUCGCGGUGUCGCAGGCCAGCAAGGACAGCCACAGGGGUGCGGAGGAGGCUGUGCGGCGAGCGGGCGGCGUGGAGCACCGCGCUCGGGACCGGCCGGGGCUGCUCAGUGGGGACCCCAAGGACGGGCCUUUUCGAGAGGAACAGGGGCCUCUAGGUGAGUUGGCAGUGCCCCCCGAGAAGGCCGAGGGCCACAAGGGGACAGGACAGCUCAUCGGCACAGAGGACGGGGAGAAGACCGGGAGCUGUGAGGGUCCACGGGGAACAGGAAGGAAGAGCCUGAACAUCGACGCCCUGCAGUGUGAUGUCUCGGUGGAGGAGGACAACCGCCAAGAAUGGACCUUCACGCUCUAUGACUUUGACAACAGUGGGAAGGUCACCAGAGAGGACAUGUCCAGCCUGAUGCACACUAUCUACGAGGUUGUGGACGCCUCCAUCAACCACUGCUCAGGCAGCAGCAAGACUCUCCGAGUGAAGCUGACGGUCAGCCCUGAACCCUCUAGCAAGAGGAAGGAGUGUCCUCCCAGUGGUCAAGACCAGGAGCCCCCGCGCAGCAGGACUGAGAGUACCGUCGCAGAUGACCCGAGGGUGGCCGACAGGAGGCUGUCCUACCACUGCAGGCGGCCCAACGCAGACUCGCAGCCCUGCUCCAUGCGGGGACCCUACUGCGUGGACGAGAACACAGAGCGGAGGAACCACUACCUGGACCUUGCCGGAAUUGAGAACUACACAUCCAGGUUUGGUCCCGGGUCACCUCCAGAGCGAGCCCGACAGGAGCACCACGGCAGGGCCACGCACCCCCAGGGCAGGUGCCGCCCCCAGGAGCCGGGCGCGCACGGCGGGCCACAGCGCAGGUCACAGGUGCUGGCUGACCACACGGUGCCCGCUGCUGAGCCUGCCCUCCGGGGCCCGAAGGGGCUGGAAAAGCAGUUCCCCAGGUCCCCCAAGGGUGGCGGGAAGCCCCCCGGGGGGCCAAGCAGCAGCAAGGCUGGGAGAGCCCCCAGCCACUGCCUGGCAGCCGCCACCCCACCCCAAACUGCGCAGGACGGCCCCCACCUCCCCCCACCCCCGCUCCCGCCACACGGCCAGAAGCGGUACCGGCAAAAGGCCAGGGAAGGCCACUCUCCACUCAAGACUGCGCACGGCCAGCCCACCCUGGCGGAGCACGAGGUGGUGCGGGACCUGCCGCCCGUACUGGGCGUACUGGGCGCCGAGGGCUGCGUGAUGCCCGUGACCCAGCAGCACGAGCACCACCACCACCACGAGCAUCACCACCACCACCACCACCACCACUUCCACCCGUCCUAG